UAUACAGUGAGACAGUCACACUAUCUCAAUUGUCUCAGUCUCUCACCAUGGCACAAGAUCGGUAUGCCCUUCUGGAACACCCAUACCAAAUAUCGCGAAGUACAUGGCCCAAGAUACAAAGGGUGGCACAUCAUCUGAGAAAUCGAAAGGCUUUUGCGAAGUACUACUCUCCUAAGAUGGUGUCCCUUGGUCCCAUUCACCAUGGCGAGCCCCAUCUUCAGUUAGGAGAGCAGUACAAACUCAUGUGGGCAUCAAUGUACGUCGAAGCCAACCGAAAUAAGGCCCAGCGUCUGCAUCGAGAGAUUGUCGUAAAUAUUAAGGAUCUGAAGGAUCUAUACACUGAAGAUGCACUUCGACGCUUUAACGACGAUGAACUGGCGUGGAUGUUGUUUGUGGACGGAUGCGCUCUGCUUCAGAUCCUAAAGCAUCCAGACAUAUUGAAACCAGAGCCACUCAAAGCCAAGGUUGAUCAGAUGGCUCUUGUUCGCCAAGAUGCACUUUUGCUGGAGAACCAACUUCCCUUCCGGGUCCUCCAGCUCUUAAGUGAUCAACCUGACAACAAGCUAAUCGAAGACAUGGACCACUUCCUUCUUUGUCAUCAUUUUUCACCAGAUCAAAAGCCCCACAAGAAUGGAGCCGAAGGAGGUGAUGAUCAGACUCAGUAUGCAAUUGAUGUCGAUCCUACUCCGCCCAAUCCAACUCAUCUUCUUGAUGAACUGCGGAUCAAAGUGUUGCGUGAAUUUCGUUGUCCCCCUGAACCGAAACACAUCCAAAACGGCCAGAUAACAUACAGGAAUUUGAAAGAGCUGAAAGGGGCAGGGAUUGAAGUGAAAAGAAGCAAGUCAAAGUGCCCCAUCGAUAUCACUUUCUCUUCUCACUGUUUCAGCGGAGAACUGAAACUUCCAGACAUAAUAGUGGACGACACAACUGCUCCAACAUACCUGAACUUGAUGGCGUACGAGGUGUGCCCAGAUUUUGAGAACAAGUACGAGAUAAGUUCGUACGUAGAAUUCCUGGACUCGCUGAUCGACCACCCGGACGAUGUGAAGGUAUUGAGGAAGGCCCGAGUUCUGCACAACGGGCUUGGCAGUGACGAGGAAGUGGCCAAACUGUUUAACGUCAUAAGCACUGAUCUGGUGCCUAACGCCGCCAUAUAUGCGUCUCUCAGAGCUGACAUAGAAAAGCAUUACCAGAAGGAUUACAAGACGUGGUUCGCUCUGGCCUUUAAUACCUACUUCAGCAACCCUUGGUCCAUUAUUGCCUUCUUUGCUGCUUCUGUGGCCCUUCUUCUCACUUUUAUCCAAACUUGGUUUGCCGCUUUCCCCUCUCAGAAUUCUUAGACAUCUCACAUGGCAAUAAGGAUGUAUACUCCAUCUUUUUGCACUUUAAUUAUAUAGAGCGUGAAAAUUUUAUUAUUGGUGUGUGAUUGUAUUUAAUCAAUUAAACACAGCUUUUGAUUA